CAAAAACGAAUUAAACAAAUUUUAAUACGUGUAAAAGAUAUUAAAUAUUUACUAACACAAAUAAUUGAUAGAAUUAAUAAACAGAAUAAUAAUUAAGGAAUUUAAAAUACCAAUUAACAAAGAUAAUUUGUUUAGUGCCCUCAUAAGCGCUCAUACAAAAAAAUUCUUUUUAUCUCUUGUAAAAAUGCGAUAAGAUGGGUUUCCAUUUGUUAUCAAAUAUCUUAUCAAAACGUUGAUUCACACGUUCGUAUCCACAUCCUCAUCUCUGACACGAUUCGAGCGUUAUUCACCUGCUUAUUUCACCUGCAAGUGUUAAUUUUGAUUCUAAUCUACCUAUAACGUGGUUAGUUUUGGUAAAAACAACAAUGUGUUCUAAAAAGUUAUUAUGCUAUGUUGCUAUUGGCCUAUUAAUCAUGGGAAUCUUUAUGGAUGGAGUUGAAGCAAGACGUAAAAUUUUGAAAGGUCGAAAAACAAUUACUAGACGUUAUUAUUGGGGAACCGCAAUACCAGCAUGGUCCAUAGUACUUCUAAUAGGAAUUAGCAUAUUAUUUGCCGGCGGUGGACUCUACGUCCUAUUACAAAAAUUCGUGGUUGAUAAUGCUGAUACUGGAGAAAGCCACGCAUCAUACCAACCUGCAUUGCAAACUGAAGCUGCACCUUAGAUAUUAAAUAUACAAAAAUUUAAUUAAUGUCCAUCGUCCAUUCUACUUUGAUAUGAACGUAAAUCACAUUAAAAUGUUUUUAUACAAAAAA